GGACAGUCCGAUAGGAAAUCCCGCCUGUGACUGACACGACCAGACACCACCACCACCACCACCACAAUAAUGUCGCAGAAAUUCCCAGAGGUUCAGGGAGGAGGCUCCCUCAUCAUUGCCUGGCAGGCGAAGAAUAAACAUAUCCUGGUAGUCGGUGGAGGAGAGGUAGCAGCCGGCCGCAUCCUGCACGCCCUGAACGCCGAUGCCCGCGUAACCGUCGUCAGCCCAGCAGCGGGCCUCAAUGACGAAGUGGCCUACCGGGUGGCGGAGGGCCAAGUAACGCACAUCGACCGGACGUUCGAGCCGGCGGACCUCGACACAGCGGACAUGGUACUCUGCGCGAUCGACGACCCGGAGGCCUCGACGCGGGUGUGGCAGCUCUGCAAGGAGAAGCGCAUCCCGGCCAACAUCGCCGACGUGCCGCCCGAAUGCGACUUCUACUUCGGCAGCAUGCACCGCGAUGGACCGCUGCAGAUCAUGGUCAGCACCAACGGCAACGGGCCCCGGCUGGCGAGUCUCGUCCGCAAGAAGAUCGCCGCCACCCUGCCGGGGAACAUGGGCGCCGCGAUCGAGAAUGUCGGGCGGUUGCGGAAGAAGUUGCGCGAGUUGGCGCCUAAGGUCGAGGAGGGCCCGAAGCGGAUGAAGUGGAUGUCGGGCGUUUGCGAGUCGUGGAGUUUGGAGGAUUUGGUCGAGAUGACUGAGCGUGAUAUGGAUGGGUUGCUGGCUUUCUAUGAGUCUGGGGAUAUCCCUGCGCUACUGGAGAUCCGGGCGAAGGCGAUGGGGAUUUGAGAUGGAAAAGAAUCUUGGGAUUGGGUCUUUGGGGGUUGAUAUCACCUUGGGCGCUCGCUAACUGGGCAGUCGAAGUGCUUUCUUCGCCUUAGGAAGAAGCCGUCAGCCGGCCGGACUCGCGACGGCGCACAACCGAACCGCUGGCGUCAUCACGCUGAGCAAGGCCGGGUCACUAGGUAUGGACUAGAGAAUUUCCGGCUUACGACCUCACCCAAGGCUACAGCUGAAAGCAGUUACGCGGCGAGUUGACGGCGAAUUGACUGAAACAGACUCUGCAACGCUUCAAUAAAGAUGGUAUUUUGUACAUACAUAUAUAAAGCCCGCUUGCACAGAUAUCGAUAAUAAUGGAAUUUGG